UAGUCUAAGGGCGACUGAGGCAUUCACCACUCUCGUAGUCUCAUCUCUCAAGUCUCAUCCAUCCUCUGUUUCUUGGAAGCUCAACAACAAUGGGUAUUCUCUCUUGGUUUAAAGGCGGCAAUAAACAAGCUUCUUCUUCGAACUCAAACUCAAAGCCCGCCCCGAACCCGAAGCCCCAGAUUUCUUCCCAGGGGCAGGAGGCCCCAGGCAUGAACGGAGCCGUCGAGGUUUCCAGACCCCUUGACAUCACCGUUUUCGAGUUCGGGUCGGUCGCCGCUUCCGUGGACAAGGUAACUCUUGCUGGGUACUGCCCGGUUUCCGAAGAGCUCGAGCCCUGCCGCUGGGAGAUUCUUCCGGCCAGUGGCUCCGAUGCCCCACAGUUUCGCGUCGUCUUUUGAGUUUUGAGGGGAAAUGAAUUGAAUUGAAUUUUCCGGGGAAGUUUGUGAGGAGAUUGAUUCCUGUGAGUUUGCUAAGUUUCUCUCUUGUUUUUGGUGUACCUUUAUUGAACUUGAUCUUUUAAUUAUAAAAAUAAAAAUCGUAAAUUCAGUUCAUAA